GAGCUGCCUUGCAGGAAUAUAUGGAUGCAAAGGUCGAAGAAGAGCAACUUGUUUACGAAAUGGUUAAGGACAAAAUUGAUAAUGCUGAAGAUGAACGUCAGUUACAUCGCCUUUCAAGUGGAUCAAUCCCGAUUCCAAAGACAUUUGCAGAUAUUACAGAAGGGGAACAGCCAGCUGAACAGAAGGCUCGAGAAUCUAUUAAAAGGUUAGAAAUUGAUGGGCUUAUGAGUAUUGGAUCACAAUACUUUCAGAACCUGCAUCUAAAAUUACAAGAAAUAGAGCAGGCUAAAGCCGAGUUGUCUGAAGACAACACAUACUACAAGCAACUUGUAGCAGAGUACGACAUUUGGAAGAGUAUUUAUAAACAGGCGAAAAUCCCGAACGAUCGGAACAUAUCGAAGCCGAUCCCAAAGCCAAAGCCGGUCUUUCAAAACAACACUGAUGGGAAAAAACGAUUGGGAAGCAACUCUGAUGUUAAGGAAGCAAGUCAGAAGAAUCUUUUUUUCGAAAACUCCAAAUGUCUUAUACUUUAAGAAUAAAACACACUCAGAUAAAUGUCAUAAUGAAAGGCCCAAACAAUCUAAAUCUGUUUCAAAAACAUUGUUUGAUCCGGAUUUCUACGGAACUGAAAAAUGUAUUUAUACAAAAAGAGAAUACAUGAGUACUAAUAUGCAUAUUAGAAUGUUGAGUUUUAUUCUUUAAGUAAGAGACAAAGAAUGCAACUACGGUUAGAUGUUUAACUUUUCGGUGUGUGUUAAUUCAUAUGGUGUUUUUCUUAUCCGUUCAUAAGUAUUAUCAGCUAAUGUUAACCCAAUAAUUGAAUUGAAGUUGUGCGUGAUUCCGGUUGUUGUUCAACUUCAGUGCUUUUUGGCAACAGUGUGUGCAAUUUAUUCAGAAAAUCUGUAUGUGCUUUUGUAGAAAAACAGUAAAAUGAUGCGAAAAAAAACGUAGGUGCAUAACAGUAUGUACGUGUUGUAGUAUAUUGUUAUUUGCUUUAUUGUGCUAAAUGGUAGGU